UCUCUGCCGUACGCCUGAACCCCUAAAACUCUACUGCGGGUCUGUUCGCGGGAAGUAGCGAUGGGGUCGGAUAGAAGCAAGAAAGAUGCAUCUUCUUCUUCUGCGGAGAGGAACCGGAAUCGAAAUAGAAGAAGGGCAAGAUCCGACGAUUCGGAGCCCUCGGAGCCCGAAAGCGGUCACUCGUCGCCGUCGCGGAGCUCCGGCAAGCGCCGAGAGAGGAGCAGCAGCAGCAGGAGCAGUCGCCGGAGCCGCCGCAGGAGCUCUAGUCGUCGUGACGACUCAGAUGGCAGCGGUGGCAGCGGAAGCGAGGGGAAGCGCAGCUCGAGGGUUAUUACAGAGGAAGAAAUUGAGGCGUACAAAGCGAAGAGGGCUCAGAACAAGGCGAUGCGUGUUGCGAAGAAGUUGAAGUCACAGUCAGUCGCUGGUUAUUCCAAUGCUUCAAAUCCUUUCGGUGAUUCAAACCUCAACGAGAAGUUUGUAUGGAAAAAGAAGAUUGAGCGUGAUGUCUCCCUGGGUGCAGAUCUUGACACGUUCUCUAUCAAAGCAGAGAAAAAGAGGCAGAAAGAAAGAAUGGCAGAGAUUGAGAAAGUGAAGAAGAGAAGGGAAGAAAGAGCACUUGAAAAGGCUCAGCAUGAGGAGGAAAUGGCAAUGCUAGCCAGAGAGCGUGCUCGAGCAGAGUUUCAAGAUUGGGAGAAGAAAGAAGAGGAGUUUCAUUUUGAUCAAAGCAAAGUCAGGUCAGAGAUCAGAUUGCGUGAAGGGCGUGCAAAAGCAAUUGAUGUUCUAUCAAAGCACCUCAAUGGUUCAGAUGAUCUGGAUAUUGAAUUGAAUGAACCUUACAUGGUCUUCAAGGGCUUAACAGCGAAAGAAAUGGAAGAGCUUCGUGGUGACAUCAAAAUGCAUCUCGAUUUGGAUACAGAGACACCGACACAUGUUGAGUACUGGAAGGCACUUCUAGUGGUUUGCGAUUGGGAGCUGGCAGAAGCUAGGAAAAAGGAUGCACUUGAUCGAGCUAGAGUGCGUGGGGAGGAGCCUCCUGCUGAGUUGCUUGCAGAAGAAAGGGGUAUGCAUUCUAGCAUCGAAGCAGAUGUGAGGGAUUAUCUGCAUAAGAAGACCUACCGAGAAUUGGAGGAUAUACAUGCUGGUGUUGAGACUCAGUUGCGUUCUGGCACAGCUAAGGUCGUGGAGUUUUGGGAGGUUAUCCUCAAACGUAUCCACAUAUACAAGGCAAAGGCUUUUUUGAAAGAAUUUCAUGCGAAAAUGUUGCGCAAGCAUCUUCAACGUCUGGAGCAGCCUGUGGAUGUCGAUGAUAAUCCAGAAACUGCUAAUGUCCUCAGUCCUAUACAAGAAGAUGUGCCUGAUGAUGAAGGAUCAAUGUCCCCAGAACCCUUACCUCAAGAAGAGAUGAUGGAGUCAGAAGAGGAGGCUGGAUCAUUUUCUCCGCAACUGCUGCAUGGUGAAGAAACUGAAGGGGCCAUUGACCCUGAAGAGGACAGGGCUGCAUUGGAACGGAAAAGAAUGGAGGUGCUAGAAGAACAACAAAGACGGAUGCAAGAAGCAAUGGCGUCAAAGCCAGCUCCAUCAGAAGAUAAUUUUGAAAUGAAGGCCAUCAAAGCCAUGGGAGCCAUGGAGGAAGGUGAUGCAGUUUUUGGCACUGGUGCGGAGGUGAAUCUGGACUCACAGGUUUAUUGGUGGCAUGAUAAGUAUCGACCGAGAAAACCAAAAUACUUCAACCGUGUUCACACUGGAUAUGAGUGGAAUAAGUACAAUCAAACACAUUACGAUCACGAUAAUCCACCUCCGAAGAUCGUUCAAGGGUAUAAAUUCAAUAUCUUCUACCCUGACCUUGUCGACAAAAUUAAGGCCCCAACAUACACGAUUGAAAAGGAUGGGAAUAGCUCAGAGACGUGUAUCAUCCGGUUCCACGCCGGGCCCCCAUAUGAGGACAUUGCUUUUAGGAUUGUGAAUAAAGAGUGGGAAUAUUCUCACAAGAAGGGCUUCAAAUGCACUUUUGAAAGAGGGAUUUUGCAUGUUUAUUUCAACUUCAAACGUUACCGCUACCGUCGAUAAACAGUUUUUUCUUUUUCUAUGGAAACCAUAGGCGAACAGCUACUACUUGUUUUGAAUCUUCUUUGACACUGGGAAUUGCCAGUCGGAUGUGGAUUGUAACUUCAAUGCUCAAACUAAUUGUAUGAUGACCAUUUUGGAAGCAAGGAGACCAAAUUUUGUAUAAUGGCAUAUUCACUUAGCAGUCUGGUAAUACUCGCUGAACAGUUAUUUUACUUGCUA